UUAAGUUGCUGAACUGAAUAGCUAGUUAUCUUCGAACUGGAUAAGAAAUCCUGUUUUUAAUUAAUUAGGUUCCUACUGUACAUUUUUCUAACCAGUCCGACGCCAGCGCUACUAUUCUUGUACUACUGAACAGACGAUAUCGCUGUGGCUUUUGGCAAAGCUUCGGUUAACCUUACUUAUUCACUUCAUGUUUAUCUGCUUUUUCUUUUAAUUCAAACGAAAACUCUAAUCUCGCAAGUAACUAUGAGACCAACUAUUUUCUUAAUGAGAGGCAGAUUUCCUCAAAAUGAAAAUAAAGUGCCAUUCAAAGUUCAAAUGCCUUUGGCAUUGCGGAACAGGGUUACAGGAAAGAACAGCAGAACUGCAGAGCGAGGAUGUUUGUUUGAAUUAUCGAUGGUUCUUUCAUGCCUCGAUCAGAACAAUUACGAAAACAAACAAUGUUUAAAAGAAGUUGAUACAUUUCAAAAUUGUUACAAGACGUACUUGUCCAACUUGGAAACAUCUAAGAAGCAAGCCCGCCAAGGAAUCCUCACACCAAACACCAAAAACCUCAAAUACAAUCAGUUGAAUAUAUUGCUUAGGAAGUACCCACAUGUUUAAAUUGCAAUACAAAUACCAUAGACGUUUAUCACGAAGUUUAUUUCUAUAAAUAAAUAAAUAAUAAAAUAAAAGUCAUGGAAUGCAUUGUAAUUGUUGAAUGACAAGUUUUGCAUUUUGAUUCUCUACAGUGCUGUUCUUGUAAUUCUUCAGGAAGAAUCUUCUGACAUCUCUGUAAAAGGCAUAAAAAAAUGAAUCAAUAAAAGCUCUGUUUUCCAUUGA